AUGUCUUUAAAUGAAUUAAAGAUAUCUCAUAUUCUUGACGGAUUUCUGCUUGUUGUUUCCACUGACGGUACCAUACUGUACGCCUCUGAUAACGUGCUGCAGUAUCUCGGCUUCAAUCAAGUCGACCUUCUUCACAGAUGCAUCUACGGAGUUGUACAUCCAGACGAUCACUUAGAUCUGAAAUUAGUUUUUGAACAGCCGCCACUCCCUGGGGAUUCAAGAUGUCGGCAGGAAAGGGGAGACAAUCAAGAAACGGCCAGGCCGGCAUCGUUUAUUUGCAGGAUGAAGUGUUUUAAUGGAACAACCGCAGGCUACCUGAAAAUACACUGCGUUGGAAAAGUUGACAAUUUUCCUGAACUGUCCUCUAAGUCAGCAGGGAGUUUCCCUCAGGUCAUCCGACUCUACUGCCAGCCAUUUAUGCUAACCGGAAAUGACAUAAAUGACGAUGCCAAGCAGAAUGUAUUUUGGAGUAAACAUGAUAUGGACCUGAAAAUAAACGAACUUGAUAAAAAAGCGGCAGCCCUGACCGGAUAUGACGUCGACGAAUUAGAUGGUCGUUCCGUUUAUGAUUUUGUUCAUCCAGAAGACGUCGCUGCAUUCGCGUCAUGUCACAAAUCUCUUGUAGAGAGCACAGAAGUUCAGACAAUGUAUUUCCGGUUAAUUACCAAAAACAGUGGUCUAAUAUGGUUACAUUCCCGAGGGAAGGUCAUCAGCAAGAACUCCAAGAAGUUCUCCAUUGUGUUCACACAUUGUCCAGUCAGGGAGGAAGAUAGCACAUUCCUACAGCAAGAGUCGACAAUUCGUCAGCGAUUUGCUAUACAUGACCUUCUUCAAUUGGUCCAAUAUGGCUACUGUUCCAGUAAUAAACGAACAAAUACUGACCGCAAUGACAGCAUGGUCAAUCAAAAGACCAAUGGUCAGAUGUGUACUCCGCACAUAGGCUUCACUGAGGAUGCAUCGUUGUCUUUCUACAGUGCUCUUGUCAGUUGUCCGUCCUCUCUACACGCCAUGUCGGACAGACACUCUCCUGUUCUACCGUCAACUCACGUAGCGCAUAAAAUCACUCAGCGGGAGAAACAACUCCAGUUCCAGGAGUUCAGGAGAAGACAGGAGUUUGAACAAGAACGCAUUGUCUCAGAACAAUCGACGGUAGAUUUUCUCCCAUAUCACUGGCAAAUGCAGCAGCAGUCCGACACUUUUGCACAGCAGCAGCAACAGCCACAAACAGAAGAAAGUCGGCGUCAGCAGCAGUAUUGUAUUCGUCCACGUCCCGAACUGAACGUUUGCGAAACAAAAACAAUCAAAUCAGAGCCGGGAUACGAUGCACCAUAUCAGCCAUGCUCUUACAAUCCAUACCUUGUUUUUCAGGAUCCUCGAACCAACCAUGUAAAUUAUAGACCUUGUGUGUCAUACGAACCUUCAGUAUGCCCUCACCCUUCGUCCGAUCAACUGUUGUUUCAUCUACCACCUUCUCCACCUGUAUCACCCAGGAGGUUCGCACCAGAUGGAUAUGCCAUGUAUUCUUCUCAUCAACCAACUUACUAUCCCUCUAGGUUUCAUCCCUCCUCCCAACGAGUUGUAUACAGUAUCGAUCCAAAUCGGUAUCACUUCCCCCCAACUUACCAUAAUGUGAUUGGAGCUGCCAAUAGCCAGCCGAUCUCGACUAUCAUGACAGGUUCUGGUGCAGGAAAACGUUUUGAACCAACCCCAAAUGUGACUGGUACAACUGCGAGCAAUCACACAAAACCACAUGCAAAUAUCAGACUAUCUAUGCACUGCGAUUACUCUACGCCGAAACUACAAGGGUCAAUAGGGUGUGAUGACACCAAAUUCAAUCCGUACUCUUCUUUACAUCAUCUUCAUUCUGUACAUUCACAAAGGCAACGAAUGCAGCAGCAAGGAGCAUGUGGACAUAACAACCAGAUUGAGGAGGAGAGUAUACAAUACGACAUUGAGGCUUCCAUACACAUGAAGAUAGUUGACAACUCGAUGCAAAAAUGUGUAGACAAUAAACAAGAGGUAGACCUUCCGUCGAUUGGCAGUUUUCUAGAUUAUCUCAAUGACAGUUAAUGAUGUUUGAUUUUUCAAUCAAAUGCUCGGAACUGUGUGACUUUAAACCACUGGCGGUAUUUGAGGUUUAUUAUCAAACUGACAUCAUUGGUAAUACGUAUGACAACACCAAGUUGUGUUCGUUGUCCUGAAUCAAUCAAUUUUCGUUGUUGUCUUAAACCCAUUAACUGUUUUGUUAUUUUAAACUCAUUAAUUCUUUUGUUUUUAAUCCAUUAUUUAUAUAAUGGAUUGAUAAUUACCUACGUUUCAUUAAAUGAUGCCUUGUAGACCGGAAGUACAAAUAAACAUGGAAUAUCUUUCCCUGAGAAGGAGCAUACCAUUGUGAUGGCCAAUUUAUUUUGUUUCAGACGUAUAGCAAACAAAUAUUGUUUCACAGCCGGCCUUUGUGUAUUUGUCUUAUAUUUUCAUAGAAAUGUUUCCGUAAAGAAGUACUUAACAUUGUAACGUCCAUGUAAUGUCGUCAGGUCUUGCCUUCGAUUUUUAUCGGUGCCUUUAUUCAUCUCUGUACAAAUAUAUUUCAUUUACAGGGAAAUGGCACUUUAACAAUUACGUAAUUUUGAAUGUUCUGUUCUGUUGUUUAUUUGCUUCUGACGUGAAUUAUAUCAGUAUAUCUUGCUGAGAUGAAUUGCUUGUUUUUAAACGUAUCAACUAUAUUGUAACGACGCGAAAUGUUCACAUUUAAGUGUUGUUUUUAAUAAGGAUGUCUCGAUGAAUCUUCAGUUCUCACUUUCAGAACGCACUUCGCCAAAAGCAAGAGUACAUGCACAAUAAUGAUUUGCUAAUUAAACAUUUCUUUAUUA